CCUUUGAUGUUCGGACCCGCCAGCUCCCGGAGCCGCUCUGCCCAGCGCCCUAGCCCGCGCCUGCAGCCCGCCCAGGCGGAGUCAGCCCGCGCUCCGCCCGCCGCGAUCCGAGCUCGGAGGUUCGGACUCCGGGCUCGCCGCCCCCGGGCCGGCUGCGCGCCCCGCACUCCCCGCGCCCAGCGCCCCGCGCCACGGCGAGCGGAGCGCACCAUGCCGCAGCUGGACUCAAGCGGGGGCGGCGCGGGCGGCGGCGACGACCUCGGCGCACCGGACGAGCUGCUGGCCUUCCAGGAUGAGGGCGAGGAGCAGGACGACAAAAUCCGCGACAGCGCCGCCGGUCCCGAGCGCGACCUCGCCGAGCUCAAGUCGUCGCUCGUGAACGAGUCCGAGGGCGCGGCCGGCGGCGCAGGGAUCCCGGGGGUCCCGGGGGCCGGCGCCGGGGCCCUGGGCGAGGCCGAGGUCGGGGCCGAGGCUCUCGGGCGGGAGCACGCUGCGCAGAGACUCUUCUCGGACAAACUUCCAGAGCCCCUGGAGGACGGCCUGAAGGCUCCGGAGUGUACCAGCGGCAUGUACAAAGAGACCGUCUACUCCGCCUUCAAUCUGCUCAUGCACUACCCACCCCCCUCGGGAGCAGGGCAGCACCCCCAGCCGCAGCCCCCGCUGCACAAGGCCAAUCAGGCCCCCCAUGGUGUCCCCCAACUCUCUCUCUACGAACAUUUCAACAGCCCACACCCCACCCCUGCACCUGCGGACAUCAGCCAGAAGCAAGUUCACAGGCCUCUGCAGACCCCUGACCUCUCUGGCUUCUACUCCCUGACCUCAGGCAGCAUGGGGCAGCUCCCCCACACUGUGAGCUGGCCCAGCCCUCCUCUCUACCCCUUGUCCCCUUCCUGCGGAUAUAGACAGCACUUCCCUGCCCCCACUGCAGCCCCUGGCGCCCCCUACCCCAGGUUCACCCACCCGUCCUUGAUGCUAGGUUCCAGUGUACCUGGUCACCCAGCAGCCAUCCCCCACCCGGCCAUUGUGCCCCCCUCAGGGAAGCAGGAGCUUCAGUCCUUCGACCGCAACCUGAAGACACAAGCAGAGUCCAAAGCAGAGAAGGAGGCCAAGAAGCCAACCAUCAAGAAGCCCCUCAAUGCCUUCAUGCUGUAUAUGAAGGAGAUGAGAGCCAAAGUCAUUGCAGAGUGCACGCUUAAGGAGAGUGCUGCCAUCAACCAGAUCCUGGGCCGCAGGUGGCAUGCGCUGUCGCGAGAAGAGCAGGCCAAGUACUAUGAGCUGGCCCGCAAGGAGAGGCAGCUGCACAUGCAGCUAUACCCAGGCUGGUCAGCACGGGACAACUACGGGAAGAAGAAGAGGCGGUCGAGGGAAAAGCACCAAGAAUCCACCACAGAGACAAACUGGCCCAGAGAACUCAAGGAUGGUAAUGGACAAGAAGAGUCACUGUCCAUGUCUUCUUCUCUAGCCCAACCUGAGGACUGGGAUGGCUGGGCAAGGAAGCCAUAGGCAUUGCGGCCCCUUGCCUUGGUGCAGAUCUGAGUCCCACAGACACACCUGGAGAAGCUCAAAGGCCGGGACUGGGAGAUGACUCCCUUGGAAGACAGGUGACAGCCCACAGGCCUAGUGACAGAAGGCCCCUGUGCCACCUUGUGGCUGUUCUGGGAACUGCACCUGUCCUAGGUCUGGGCCAGGCCAAGCAGAGUGGUAGUCUGAGGACACUGACUUACCACCCAAGUCACGGGAAGAGAGGACAAGAAAUCAGCCAGCCCUGUGCAGCACUUUUUGGUUGUGGUGUAUGACUAUGAAUUCACCCUCUGUUUACAGAUAACUCUCUUCACUAUUCCUAGGAGGAAAAAGAAAUGCAUUCGGUACUUACCCGGAGAAGGCCGCUGCCCCAGCCCCGUUCCUUCCGAUGACAGUGCUCUAGGCUGCCCCGGGUCCCCAGCUCCCCAGGACUCACCCUCUUACCAUCUGCUGCCCCACUUCCCCACAGAACUGCUUGCUAGCCCCGCGGAGCUGGCACCUACAUCCCCAGGUCUCUCCACUGCUCUCAGCCUCCCAACCCCAGGGCCCCCACAGGCCCCCCACAGCACCCUGCAGAGUACACAGGUACAGCAACAGGAAUCUCAGAGACAGGCGGCCUAGCAGGCACAGGACAUCUGGCCGCCUCCAGGAGCCUACCCCCUGAGAGAAAGCAACAGAGACCCAGAUCGCAUGAAAACCGGCCAGGGGUCCUGUUAACUCCAUCUCAGGGUCCAGACCCUGAAGAUUUCAGAGGCUGCAAAAUUUCUACCUGAACCUGAGGCCAUCGAUUCAAACUGCUCCAAGUGGUGGGAAUCAGAUCUGUGUUGAUGUGUCAUCUAAUUAAGGGAAUCCCUUGUACCUAUGGCUGCCUGCAUCUAUUCUUUGUACCAUCUGUCUUGCCAGCCAGAAGCCUCUGCCUCUCUAGCUUUUCUGCUCUAGGUUAGAGAUGGGCUGAACUGAGCCUAGCUACCUUCUCUAUCCAUCUCCCCCAUCCCCCCCACUGCCACACCCUCCCCAUUCAUGGACCAAGAAUGACCCGGUUUGUCAAACAACUUGUGAGCAUGGUCACAGCCACAAAGCUCAAGAUGACAACUCUUUUAAGGAAAUGGAGAAGCUCUGUUUAUAAAACAAAACCAGCUGCUACUCAUAAGUUGGACCAGAGGAAGCCUCUUACCAUGUUCUCAGGAGCUUGCGAGAAGCAGGGAGGGGAAUGGAAUAGGUUAAGUUUAGGCCUAUCAACAUAAGCAACAGAAAUAACCUGACACUACCUUAUCAGGCAAGUUGGGGAGCGGGGGUGUAUCUAGCUCUAGUUCAAAUUAUUUGGAAGUGUUUCCUGAGAAACUCACCGGCCUAAGAGGCUCUGAUACCAAGGCCCCAGGCUUGUCAUUAGCAGCGCAGUCAACAGUUCAAAGAAGUCAUGGCCCAAAUCCAGUGUGCACCCCUCCCCACUCACAGAGCCUUUUUCACAGUUCCAUUUCCAGUUUAUGGCAGUCCAGCCAGCUCCUGGGCAGCUGUGAGAUGGCAAACCCAAAACCUCACGACAGCCAGAGCCUGUUUUCCAGCAUUCAGUCCAGACCAGCUCCAGUUUCCCCAUGGGGCUGCAGGACAGAGGACCAUUACAACUAGAUCAAGGAGCCCAGAAAACCUCCAGUAGUGGAAACAGGUUUUCACCAUAGCCUACUUUAACCCAUUUUUGAGCCAAGCUUCAACCCUGAGCCUUGAAAAACAAGUCUUUUUUUAAUUUAAUUUUUGUUUUUUGCCUCCUUCUCAUCGUACGUAGCCUGAAUCCAAAGAAAAAGGGCUGCCUGGCCGGGUGCGGUGGCUCACGCCUGUAAUCCCAGCACUUUGGCAGGCCGAGACAGGUGGAUCACCUGAGGUCGGUAGUUUGAGACCAACCUGGCCAACAUGGUGAAACCCUGUACCUACUAAAAUUAGCCGGAUGUGGUGGUGUGCGUGUAUAAUCCCAGCUACUCAAGAGGCUGAGGUGGGAGAAUUGCUUGAAUCCGGGAGGUGGAGGUUACAGUGAGCCAAGAUGGCGCUACUGCACUCCAGCCUGGGUAAUAGGGAGAGUGUGUCUCAAAAAACAAAAAAAAGAGGGCUGUCCAUGUACUCACCCACCCCUCAAGAAAAGCCUUUAGUUCCUAUUUUAGCCACUGGUUUCUCAGAAUCCAAAGAUCACAUAUUCUAGUGUAACACUGCAAGAAGUCUUGAGAAAAAGAUUAUUGUAGUGUUCAAAAUAUUUUUGCAUUGUUAAUACAUCAUCAUAGAAAAACUUUUUUAAACAUGAGAAUAAAGAUACUUUUUACUGGGUUUGUUUUUCAAAGCCUGACUCUGAGGAAUAAGUUGUUUCAGUAGCAGAGCACGGUAUUAUUUCCUUUUCUUCUCCACAGUCAGGAAACUUGGAGUUUGUUCCCUAUGGUACAUACGUUUCCAAACCUCCAGCCUGCAGAAACCAGGGAUUACACUUGUCAUCUCCCCUAAAGGGGUGUGGGCCCUGCCUGCCUCACCCCUGAGAGCUAGGCCUAUACUCCCAUUCCAAGCUUUGCUCUCUUAGCCCCCAAUCCCCUCAGUGAUGCAGACCCCACAAUGAUGCAGGCCAGCCUGCUCCCCAGUACUCAUAUAAAAUAAAUCAGUUGGUAACUGCUGUCCAUAAACGCUGAAAAGAGAAUCCAACCUGAAAUAGGUACACAUGACCACUAGGCUCCAUUUUCCUCUGAGGGCAGAGAGAAAGAACAUUCCACAAGUGCAUAUCCUAUUUCAAGGAAAACAAGAGCAAACAGGAGUCUUUUAUAACCUAUUAGCACCACAAAAUCCUAAAGAAGGAUUUUUCAAUAGCACCCUCUAAGACACAAAGUAUUUUUCAUAUUUUCACACAAGCCUUUCAGUUUGAUAAACCUAUAACCCACUUUUUAAAAAGUCAUACACACUGUUGGUGGACACGAGAGCCACCAUAUCCACUUUAUUUUUACGUUAUUUGUAUACAUUUAGGGGGUACAAGUACAGCUGUGUUACAUGGAUAUAUUGUGUAGCGGUGAGGUCUGGGCUUUUAGUGUGCCCCUCACCCAAAUAGUGUACUGUGCAUGUAAGUAGUGUACGUUGUACUCAACAGGAUUUCAUACCUCAUCCCCUUUCAUCUCCCACCUUUUGAAGUCUCCAGUGUCUAUUAUUCCAUUCCGUAUCCGUAUACCAUGUGUACUCACUGUGUAGCUCCCUACAACUCACUUUUUACAUGACAGUUUCCACCAAGCACACUACUGUCUUCCAGAGACCCAUCAUGAAUGUAAAAGGUGUCAUGAAGGCACCUCAAUGGGUCAGUCAACAAGUAGAUGAUGAAUGUCAGGCAAGAAGUAUUUCACAUGGGACAGCCAGUGGGCCACCAUCAUGCAUUGUCAUUGUCAUUCCACUGAGUUCUAUUUUUUGGAUUUCGUAUUUAAAGAUAUUUGUAAAGAAAGUCAUCUUUCAGAGCAGUGUCUAUUUAAAGUAGGCCACUGGAAGUUGUAACCCCAGACUUGCUGCUUUUGCUUCUUUCUGAGAGAGUGCUAGAGGACACUAGCCAUUCUCUGGACAUCUGUCCCAUUUUAAAUAAUUCUGUUCUGGCUACUGGCCUAGUUGUUUUUAAAAAAAAAAAAAACACCCUACAUUCUAACCAGGGCUUAUGCAAAUGCAAGACCAGGUUGCUGCAUGUGAUUUGGUGUCUCACUUAGAGUACACAGGGUACAUGAACAAUGCAGUCUUUGUGUAUUGGCGGGGAAGCCUUUGGCAACUCUGUUUAAAUCAGAUCAGCUUUUUUUUUUUUUCAGUCUAACUUCAUAAACUCAGAUCCUCCCAAAUCACCCUGGUGCAUUCCUAUGAGGCCAGAGGAUGACUUGAGAUUGCAACCUCAAGUUCAACUUCUAAUACCACACCAGUCCCCCUUCACUGCCAGCUGAGAACCAACCUGUUUCCUGAGACACUGUAAGACAAGAUACCUUAGCCUCCCUUGAACAUUUCCAGACAAGUAGCAGACCUGCAACUUGGGUGAAAGAUGUUCGUUCCUCCUUUGGUACAGCUGCUCCCCAUUUUGUGCUCAGUGGAUAUGGUGAGGGUUCAGCCCAGCAAGCAGACAAAAAGCUUAUGUCUCCCAACCUGAAGGUGUCUACUUUAACAGAACCCCAUGGCUGGACUCUCUUCUGACAUGUAAUUAUCUUUUGAAUGGCUCCUGUGGUCUCCCUUUCCUUCUGGCUGUGGACCCCCAACAGCUGGCUCAGAAGCACUGCUCCCUAGCUUUGUUCAGUGUACAGGAAGGCCACAAGUAAAGGGAAGCGCAAUAGUUCUUUAUAUCCCGUUCGAGAGAGGAAGAAAGGGAAUCAGUUUCUGCAUCUGUUUCUCAGAAAACAGCACAGAAGGGGCAAGGGUAACAAGGCCAUGUUAAACAACUACUUAGGAGACUGUAUGUCAAAGUAGAAGAAUUUAAGACCCAAAUGUAGUUAAUUGUAUAAAAAGGCUAAGUUGGCUUUUCUUUGAUGUUAGAAAGGCUGCUUUAAGCGUGACUCUCAGAUCUCUCCGGAGUUUUUUUUAAGCUCUUCAGGGCUUUAAGAGUUCACCAAGGGUUUUUGAAACAGCUGCCCACCAAGCAGACCCUGGUUGUGUCAACUCCCCCAAUCCCAACUUAUUGUGAUAACCUUGUCCCAAAUCUCAAAUCACCCUGUGGGCAUCUUUCAAAUUCAGUCUCCUGAGCUCUUCUCUAAUGGUUUGGAGGUACUAACAAACCAUUACUGGCAGUGAGCAUCUGAAACUACUCAUACAGCAGGGAGUUUGAAAACAGCGAACACAUGGUGGAGAUGUUCUCAUACAGUCCCCUAGAAUAAAAGCCUAGCUCAGGUCAGGAAGGAUUUUCAAGCUCUUAAAGAUAGCAUGGGAUUAGGCAUGUUAACUGGAAAGGGAAAACUUACGUCCUGCAGUCCUCACAAGGUGGGUCACUAUUGGUAAGGGAUGUUUCACUUGUGAAGACAAGAUAGCAGCUGUGAAUUAUGUGGGAGAUAGCCCAGGCCAACACUUCUUUCAUAUUCACCAGGGGCUUUGGACCAAGUCUUCCUUUUUCAUUCAAGUGUUCUCAUUCUUUUAUCUGAAGCCUUGUUCUUUCAGGCAUGUGCAAUGUCAGGAAGCAGGGUGAGGGGCUUGGGGAGGGAAUAGGAGGGAAGAGAAAAAGCCAGGUUCCACUCACCAAAAAAGAAAAAAGCCACUCUGGAAACCCUGCUUAAGUACUUCAGGAUACAGAGUACAGCUUCUCUAUUUUCCCACCCCUUUCCAUAAGCUUCCUGGAACAGAAAAGUCUGCAAACCAAUUGAAGAAGGCAAAGAAUUAGAGGUUGUGAAAUGGUAUACUCAGGAAAGGACAAAUAUGAAUUUUCACCAAAUAGGUGGGAGGUAUUCAAAGUGAGAGCACUUUAAUGAAAUAAGCUGAUCCUCAGUGUGCAAUAAGAGGCUGCUAUACAGCAGGUUGAAAAUGUAAAGUUAAGACAUAUCAGAAGGUCUGAAUAUACUUAAAUACUUCCAGAAAAUUUAAAGUUGAGAGAUAUCAGAAGUCACAAGAACUACAGAUGUGGAAGCAGACACUGUUGUGAGCAACUACAUUCCUCCCAUAGAAUGCUGCUCAAUACUGGCACACAGACCAGAGGUAGCCAGCAGUACACAAGCCUGCAAGGCAACAAGUACAUUAUCAAUGAAUUAGCCAUCUAUCACUUAAACCAUGUUCGGCAUUGGAAGUGUGUCAAGCAAGAGCACCUUUGACAACACUUCUGCCACCACCAAUGAUCAUCUCCACUGAUGCAUACUUCAUCUUGAUAUGCACAGUCAGUUCUCUUACUCAUUCUCUUUGACCACUGGAGGUAGUGAUUUUUAACAACAGUAAACAAGAAAAAGUCAUCAGGACUCUAACUGUAAAACCCGAAACAUUCAAAAGACUAGUUUAGUUCAAGAGCAAAAAAAAAAAAAUUAGAAUUUAGCUCACACACUCAAAAUUGCCCUGCCUAAUGUGGGUCUGAUGAAUAAAUGCUGAUAAAAUAC